GCGAAAAACGAAUGAGAGUGGUAAAAAUGGACGUCACAGUCCUUUACGUUCUGUCUUUGUGUACUGUCAUUUUUACUGUUUUACACGAGGAGCUGUGUUCCGCGACGCUAACCAAUUCUACAAAAGACAACGACAUCAUGAGAUCAGGCAAUGACACCUUGCUGACAACCAACAUCACCUCAGAGAACAGUACGGUCUUCUUUCCAGUCUCUAGCUUACCUUCCACUUCGAAUUUGACAGAAACCACACCACACUUGAAUGAAAGUACAGUGGAGUCAUGUGAAAGGGAUUACUUUCAGUGCGGCAAUGGAAGAUGUGUUUUGUUGGUCGAUCGUUGCGAUGAAUUCGACGAUUGCGGAGAUCAAUCAGACGAAGUAAAGUGUCACAUGCCAUGGGACAAGACUAAUGUGAUAACUUGGCCUUCCACGCUGGGGAUCACAUUUGCUGUGGUUGCCGUUGGCUUUGUAUUGGCAGCGGUGGGGGCAAUGGUUUUUGUCAAUAAAAGAGAAAGCACAGUAAGAUACCAGCAGCUGAACACUACCAGACUGUUUUGUUGA